AUGUAAAAAUAUUUCUUUAUUUGCGUCAUAUUGAUUACGCUAAAUGCAUUAGAUAAUGGAUUAGGCAGAAAACCUCCUAUGGGAUGGAAUCCAUGGAACAAAUAUGGCUGCAAUAUCAAUGAAGAAAUUGUUAGACAAACUGCUGAUGCUUUAGUCUCAACAGGGUUGGCAGCUGCAGGAUACAUUUACUUAAAUUUAGAUGACUGUUGGUAAUCAGAUAGAGAUCCAGUUACAAAAAGGAUCAUUGUAGAUCCAAUCAGAUUUCCUUCUGGAAUGCCAUCAUUAGUCUAAUAUGUACACUCUAAGGGUUUGAAAUUUGGAUUGUAUUCAGAUGCUGUAUUAUUAUAUUAUUAUAUCCCAGGGUAUGUAAACAUGUGAAGGCAAGCCAGGUUCAUUAGGAUAUGAAGAUAUUGAUGCAUAAACAUAUGCUGAAUGGGAUAUUGAUUAUUUGAAGUAUGAUAAUUGUCAUACUGAUGGUACAUCUCCAAAGGUUAGAUAUCCUCCUAUGUCUGCUGCUUUGAUGAAAUAGUCAAAGAAGAUUUAUUUUUCAAUGUGUGAAUGGGGUUUAGAGAAACCAUGGUUAUGGGCACCACCAAUAGCAAAUUCAUGGAGAACUACAGGAGAUAUUUCAGAUCAUUGGUAUUCUUUUAUAGGUAAGAACGAUUUGAUGUAAAAUAGCUAUUUUGGAAGAAUAAGCUCAUUUAGCAUAAUAUGCAGGACCAGGAUAAUGGAAUGAUCCAGAUAUGUUAGAGGUUGGUAACGGUGGAAUGAAAACUCAUGAAUAUCAAGCUCAUUUUGCUUUGUGGGCAAUUUUGAAGGCUCCACUUCUUAUUGGUUGUGAUAUAACAAACAUGAGUUAAGAAACUAAAAAGAUAUUAAUGAAUCCAGAGGUUAUUGCUGUAAAUUAAGUAAUAAAAUUAAAUAUCUUAUAUAGGAUAGUUUAGGUAUAUAAGCAAGUAGAGUAAAGAAAGUAUUAACAAGUGAAGUAUGGGCUGCUGAAGUAGCUGAUAAUGGUCCUGGAGUAGUUGCAGUUUUAUUUAAUCAAGCUUCAUUAACAGAAUCUAUUACAAUAGAAUUUGAUAAGUUAGGAAUUAGUGGAACUUAAAGUGUUAGAGAUCUUAUUAAUUAAGUUGAAUUAGGAUAAGCAACAACCAGUUACACUUGUUAAGUACCAGCUCAUUCAGCAGUUAUGGUCAAAUUCAGAGAUGUCCAUACUGAUUAAUGAUAAAUACAAAC